GUUGCGUCCCCAGUACCUCUAAACCCAGCGGCUUCUCUUCCUUCUUAAAUACCCACUUCUCUCUUUUCAUUCUUCCCCCCCCAAAUCCCACAAUCUAUUCUCUCUACCUCCAAAUUUCCCAUUUCCUCAAUUAUUUUCUCCCAAAAUGCGGAUGAGUUGUAAUGGAUGUCGAGUUCUGCGCAAGGGCUGCAGCGAGAAUUGCAGUAUUAGACCUUGCUUGCAGUGGAUCAAGAGCCCUGAGUCUCAAGCCAACGCCACUGUCUUCCUUGCUAAGUUUUAUGGCCGUGCUGGACUUAUGAACCUCAUCAACGCUGGCCCUGAACACCUUCGUCCUGCGAUUUUCAGGUCUUUGCUUUAUGAGGCUUGUGGAAGGAUAGUGAACCCGAUUUACGGGUCUGUUGGGUUGUUGUGGUCUGGGAGCUGGCAGCUCUGCCAAGCUGCGGUUGAAGCCGUGCUAAAAGGUACGCCGAUCACUCCGAUCAAUUCUGAAGCGGCGGCCAAUGGGCAGGGACCUCCGUUGAAGGCUUACGAUAUUCGUCACGUGUCCAAGGAUGAAAACUCUGCUGCUUCCAACGAUCCCAACCGAGUGAAGACUCGUUGCCGGGUCAGGAGAGUUGUGAAGCCGAAAGUUAGUGAUAACAAGCCAUGUGCUGGUGUUGGGUUCGGCUCUGUGGUCGAGCCAGCACGGGAUGAGCUAACUCGAUCCACGAGUCACGAGUCAUCGGUGAGUCACCAGUCGGAGUUGGCAAUGGUGGAUGGCGAGAGCAAAGAGACGGAGAGCAUGGUCUCCGUGGAAACAGCUGAGGCUUCGCUGAUGUUCCGAGCGGAGCCGGAGUCAGCCGUGAAGGGCAACGAGGGAGUGCAUGAUCACGCAAGUACGGAAAUGGCAGGAGUUGGAUUGGAAUUGACCCUGGGUCUUGAGCCAGUGUCACGUGCAAGUCACAUGGUCCCAGUGAAGAAACGGAAACUCGAAGUCGAGGCUUAUGGCUACGGGUCGUCUGAUGAUGAGUCGUGUAAGAUAGAGCUGGGAUUGGACUAUCCUGCUUGUCACUAGACACAAACAAAAAAAUAAAAUGUAACUAAUGUGAGAAGGUCCAGUUUUGGCGGCUCAGCUCGAUCCAUCGGCUCUUGUUUAGAAGAGAAGUCAGUUUUUUUUGUUUUGUUCUCUCGUUUGGAACCAUUCGUGGUGAAGAAAAAGUAAAAACAGAAGAAGAGUAGAGGUGUACAAAUUUGGUUUUUACAUGAAUAGACAUGGUAAAUCAAUAGAAGUAUCUUGUUACUUUCACUCA